AUGCGAGGUUCUUCAAAACCACUGGAUUUAACGGGAUGGAUGCACUGCCUAUUUCUUACGCCACUCGAGUUUGCAUGCAAGUUUUUUGGUUUAGAUGAGCGCCACUGGCCUAUCACUCAUAAUGAAGAAAAGAAAACGAGCGAUUGUGAUACUACUCGUUCAUAUAAACGAAAUGAAGCACUCACAGUUACGAGAAUUAACUGGCAAGGAAAUGCUUGCGACCAAAUUCACGAUUCCAGUCACAUAAUGCCACUCGGUGUCUACGGUGAAAUGACAGUUCUGGGAUUAUACGAAACUGGGAUAACCGAAGGUAACAGUACAUGA